GCUGGAACUAGGGAGGAAAUGGGAAAUAUGAGUGAGCAUGUAAGAACAAGAUCCCAAUCCUCAGAAAGAGGAAAUGACCAAGAGUUUUCCCAGCCAGUUGGAUCUGUGAUUGUCCAGCAGCCCACUGAGGAAAAACGUCAAGAAGAGGAACCACCAACUGAAAAUCAGGGUAUUGCACCUAGUGGGGAGAUCGAAAAUGAAGGGGCACCUGCUGUUCAAGGACCUGACAUGGAAGCUUUUCAACAGGAACUGGCUCUGCUUAAGAUAGAGGAUGAGCCUGGAGAUGGUCCUGAUGUCAGGAAGGGGACUCUGCCCACUUUUGAUGCCACUAAAGUGCUGGAAGCAGGUGAUGUGCAACCAUAGGUUUAAACCAAGGCAAAUGAGGACUGAAACCAAGAAUCUUAUUCUUAAUCUGGAAAUUUAACUGAUAACAUUCUCCUAACAAAG